UAUUCCAUCACAACGCUCGCCAUUCAAUUCGCUCAGUUCUCAAUCGUCGGGACAUAGGUAGGUCAUACUAUCACUACAAGCACAACCACAAGGCAGAAUCGAGUUAAAGCCACGAUGUCCUCGCUGCCGACCAAGUCAUGGAGCAUUCAGCUGCGCGAGUUGGCCAGCUCGCCCUUGGCCGUAAUAGCGCUCACCUGCGUCCUGGGCUACGUGGCCUACAUGAAGACGCGCCGCCAACACGGAACCUACGACGACGAGGACUACGAGAACGAGGGACACCGCAAGCUGCCGGCUCCUCUGACCGGUCUCCGCCUCACCAGAAACCAAUUGGCCAAGUACAAUUCGGAGCGACCCGACAAAACCUAUUUGGUGGCCCUCUUCGACGAGAUCUACGAUGUUUCGAGUGCCGCUCAUGAUUUCGGGCCAGGCGGCAAAUAUGAGAAGCUGUCGGGAACCGAGGUUACUCCCUUCAUAAAGAAGCAGGCGUUCUUCGAGAAGCGGGACUACGAGUUGUAUUUGAACGAGUGGCGAAUCAUGCUGGAGGACUUCUUCUAUCCCGCCGGCAAGCUAAUCGAUGGCGAGAAGGAGCUGAUCCCAGAAACCAAAGAGGAGAUAAACACCAUACCGGAGGAAACACAGAAAGAUAUUAAGGUAGAGAAGAAAGAGGAAGAAAAGGAGGAGGAUCCUGUAGAGAAACCCAAGCCUGAACCCGAACCGGAAAAGGAAGUGGAACCCGAGCUGCAGGUUCCUGAGUUUUCCAAACAGGAUUUGAGUCCGCUCGACGAGGGAAUCAAUUCCGACUGCGAUUCCCUUCGCACCGCCUACGAUUUUCCACCUGGACAGGACGAUCGCAACGACGAGGACGAUGAGGAGGAUAAUUACGAGGAGGAGUUCUGCGAAGCCGGUCAGGGGGAUAAUGAUGUCUGCAACCAGACCGUGUGGAAUGAAACGGACGUAACCCUGGUGCCCACUUCGUAAAGCCCCCUCACCUUCACGCACCGCCCAUUGAAAUCCGAGCAAAAGUGCCACUUAACCCAUCAUAAGCCCUCCCAUAUAUGAACUUAAGCCUCGGCCGUUAUAACACAAACAUAAAUAUAUAUCUCUCGGAUUUUAUGUGUAUCUGCAUUUGCAGCACUUACACCGGGAAAACAAUUGGUUGGGAGUCCCCUCAAAAUUAUAUAUUCAAUGGGACGUGGACGCGGAUUUCGUAACAUAUUUAUAUGAAAUAAAUAAGUUGAUGUGCCAGA